CAGGAAUAGUGUCAAGAACAAAAAGGAAAAAGAUGAGAGAAUGUUUAAUUAAUUAUCGCUAAUCAUAUAAUAAUUAAAGUAAUUAUCAUUAAAAAUUGAAAGUUAGAGAAAAUGAAUUGUGCACGGACUGUAGCGAAGUUUUUGACUUGAUGUUGCACUUGCAUCAUUUUAACCUGCCCGUUGACAGUACGUGUCGUUCGAUCCGGUAAAGUAUCACCUCCGCGAGUGGCUAGUUUACGUUCCUGUAAGCUGAUCCGUGCUGUAGUGUGCCUGUCUCUUAUGAGGUUCCUGCGAUUCGUUUGUCGUCUGCCAGACCACGAAAUUAUCGCGUCUAUUUUCAUCGCGAGCAUUCGUCCCUCGAAUCGACCAAUUGUCGAUAACGAACAAGCAUGAUAUUUUCAACAAAUCGAAAUCUUCACAUUCCACUAUAACUUUUGAAUAUUCCCUAACUAUAAUAGAGAGAAACGAAGAAAAAAAGAAAAAAAGUCAUACAGCAAUGAAUAUGCCGUCAAACGUAGUAAUGUUAUUAUUGGCGAUAGUGGCCUUCGCGAACGCAGAGAGCAUCUUAAUGACCGAGGUAUUCAUCAUUCCAAUCAAACCAGAGACUUUCGACUGGAGCGAUGAUGCACGUUCUGAUCAAUUCUCAUAUCAACCCUCGUUAUUAAAUGCACCUGAUCUUCCAUCAUGGAUUCACUAUACGUACAGCAAAAGAGAUCAUCAUGGUUUUCUAUACGGUGUUGCGCCCAAGAAUCAAAAAUAUUUUCAGCUGGAAAUUGUAGGUCUAAAUAAAUAUACCUACGAAACUAGAUACAAAGUUCUCGACAUGAACGUCCUUGAGAAAGAAAACCUGACCAAGUAUGAGGUUCAUUUAAAAAUCGAUAAUCUAAACGUGGAGGACAUGUUCAAUCGGAACAGAACUGAUGAGCUUGUCGAUAUAUUUAGAAAGAGGUUAUGGAAAGAUGCGGUGGAUUUAUACGUGACUUUUUUAGCAUCUGCAGUCGAGCUUGGCGCUCGUUUGCCUCUGAAGCCAAGUGAAGGCGAAGGAGUUGUUAUAAGGCUGGGAAGUUCGAUGCCAUUCUCCCAAGAGUUGAACGAGCUGCAAGAAGAAGUAAAACCUUUGUGGAAAUUACGCUCCUGUCCUCGAGAUUUUAAACGUACCAGUGUCGAGAGACUCUUCAGAGAAGCGAGAUUUGCGUUGGAUUGGUGUUCGUUCAGAUUGGUCGAGCAGGAGCAACAGAGUCUGCAGCAAGAAAGCGCGAGACGGGGACCGAGCGUAUUGGAUUUACCGGCUUCAGGAAUUUCCGAGCACGCGGAGUGGCGAUGGGCCAGAUCGAGCAGAGCCAAUAUCCCCACGAGAAGUUACUUCGAAGAAAUUGUCACCACGAUCUUUGUGUCUGUUAUCCUGUUCUUCGCAUUGGCCGCUUUGCUCAGUACUCUGUUGUGCCUGGAUCACGAAAAAGUAAAAAAAAGAGAAACUUCAACAGGGGAAGGAGUUAGCAAUAAUAUACAAAUGGUCCAAUAUGCUGUCGAAAGAGGUAUCUUAAAAUCGCUCUCCGCUCAACCUUCCAGUCCUAAUGAUUCUUUGCUACCAAGUCCCAGAAUUUCUAAUGAACGUUGCAAUCCAUAUAUUCGACCAAAUCCACCACCUUACACAGGACCAAGCAAUUUAGUCGGCAUUCGAGCAGAUUUCUGACUACACGAGGAGCCAGAAAAAACGUGGUUUUGCUGAAUUAGUAAUGAUUUUCUAUCGUAAUUACAAGGAAAAUCGCAAAAUCAUUAAAACUGGCUCCAUAUUAUCUGUUGCUUCGUAAUUUAAUAUCAUAAUAUCUAUCGUAAAUUUUAUUUGAAGUUAAUAAAAAAAAAUAUUUUAUAUUACUACACGAUAGCAAAAGCGUAUGUUUAACUUAAGAGAUAUCAUAAUUAAUAUAGAAAAUUAGUAUAUUGUAUAAAAAAAUUCUUUUUAUAUAAUCUAUUUAAGAAAAUCAUUUAGAAAAAUAUAUAUAAUAUACAUAUAUUUAAUAUUUAAAUUAAAACUUUUAAUUAAUUUUACAAUAUACAUUUUAUAUAUUGUAUAUAAGUACAAUGGUGCCAUAUAACAUUAAUUAAUAAAACAUAUCUUUC